AUGUCCUCAGCUACCCACUUCCCCGAUGCCGAGGGCUUCCAAACACAGUCUGACAACUUCAUAUCAUGGCUCCAAGCCAGCCCGGGAGUGCAGCUCAAUCAUAAAUUGAGACUGGCAGACCUACGGGCAAGCGGAGCCGGACGAGGCGUCGUGGCACAGGACAACAUCCCCGAAGGUGAAGAACUAUUCUCGAUCCCCCGUGCUAUGGUCCUCGCCGUCCAAAAUUCCGAGUUGAAGAACUUGCUUGGGCAAGAUCUAGAGCAACUCGGUCCAUGGCUGUCUCUAAUGCUGGUCAUGUUGUACGAAUACCUCCAGGGCGAAAAGUCCCGGUGGGCUCCCUACUUCAAGGUCUUGCCUUCUCGAUUCGAUAGUCUGAUGUUUUGGUCAUCUGCCGAACUGCAGGAGCUGCAGGCAAGCACUAUUGUUGAGAAAAUCGGCCGAGAGGGUGCGGAAGAGUCUAUCAUGGAAAUGAUCGCUCCCAUCGUGAGAGCGAACUCGGCUCUCUUCCCACCACCGUCCGCUCUGGGGUCUUUUGAUGGCGACGCUGGUGCCGCCGCUCUGAUCGAGUUGGCUCACAUCAUGGGGUCCCUCAUCAUGGCCUAUGCCUUUGACAUCGAAAAGUCUGAGGACGAUGAUGAUGAGGCAGAGGCGAACGAUGAAAGCUAUAUGACCGAUGAUGAAGAUGAGCAGUUGCCCAAAGGCAUGGUUCCUCUCGCUGACCUCCUUAAUGCUGAUGCGGACCGAAACAACGCCCGUCUUUAUCAAGAAGAAGGCGCCCUUGUCAUGAAGGCUAUCAAGCCCAUUCAGCAAGGCGAGGAGAUUUUCAAUGAUUACGGUGAAAUCCCGCGCGCAGACCUUCUCCGUCGAUACGGCUACGUGACCGACAACUACGCCGUCUACGAUGUAGUCGAGCUAUCUUUGGAGAGUAUUUGCCAAGCUGCUGGUCUUUCUAACAGCGAUGUCGAAUCUCAGCCCCGUCUCGAAUUCCUUGCAGAGCUCGAUAUCCUUGAUGAUGGCUAUGUGAUUCCCAGGCCUGUUGAGGCCGACACCACCCUGCAAGAUAUUUUGCCAGCUGAGCUAGUUGUUCUGCUCAGUACACUUGCUCUUUCUGAAGAAGAUUUCAAGCAGCGCCAGUCCAAGAACAAGGCACCCAAGGCAACUCUUGAGGCCAACCAGGCUGCCAUUUUGAUCAAGGCCUUGCAAACGCAAGAAGCUAAAUAUGCCACCUCCCUAUCACAAGAUAUUCAGCUCGCCGGUUCGCUGCCCGCAUUGGAUCCAUUGGAUGUGUCGUCUCGACGUGCGAGAAUGGCCCUCCAGGUUCGCAUUGGCGAAAAACAGGUCCUCCAGACUAUCCUGGGCAUGUUGGAGCCCGCCGCGACUGGUUCACUAAAGCGCUCUGCUGGCGAUGACGGUGAGUCGCGACAGUCCAAGACUCAACGAGUUUGA